GCUCCGCGGCGCCGCCUUGGCAACGGGAUUCUCACCGACGACCUGCGGAGGAGAUGGGCGAGCAGUGACCCGGUACCGGCCCGCUGGUGACCCGGACUCCUGGAUACCGACCCCCGGACCGCCCUGGUUCCCUCCCCGGUACUGGUACCGGGACCGGGCUGCAGGUCGGAGCUGCCCCGGGACAGUUAGAGCUGGUUCAGGCUCAGAUGCGGUUGGUUCUGGUUGGUUCCUGAAGGACUGCUUGGUUCUGGCCUGGUCCUGGUUCUGGACUGGUCCUGGUCCUGGUUCUGGCCUGGUCCUGGUCCUGGUCCUGGUCCCUGAAUCUCCCCCCGGAGGGUCCAAGGAGGACACCGCGGUCCCACCAUGUCUAGUCGCCGCAGCGCGGAGACGGUGAAGGUGGUGGUCCGGUGCCGGCCCAUGAACGAGAAGGAGCGGGCGUCCGGGUUCGAGCGCGUGGUGUCGGUGGACGUGAAGGCGGGCCAGAUCCUGGUCCGCGGGGCCCGGGAGGCCCGCGGGGCCCGUGACAGCCGGGACGGCGGCGAGCCGCCCAAGGUGUUCACCUUCGACUCGGUGUACGACUGGAGCUCCAAGCAGCUGGACCUGUACGACGAGAGCUUCCGGCCGCUGGUGGACUCGGUUCUGCUGGGCUUCAACGGAACCAUCUUCGCCUACGGCCAGACCGGCACCGGCAAGACCUACACCAUGGAGGGGAACCGGGCCGACGCCGGGCAGCGCGGCGUCAUCCCCAACUCCUUCGAGCACAUCUUCACCCACAUCUCCCGCUCCCAGAACCAGCAGUACCUGGUCCGGGCCUCGUACCUGGAGAUCUACCAGGAGGAGAUCCGGGACCUGCUCUCCAAGGACCAGGCCCACCGGCUGGAGCUGCGCGAGCGUCCCGACACCGGCGUCUACGUCAAGGACCUGUCCUCCUACGUCACCAAGAGCGUGCGCGAGAUCGAGCAGGUGAUGAACGUGGGCAACCAGAACCGCUCGGUGGGCGCCACCAACAUGAACGAGCACAGCUCGCGCUCCCACGCCAUCUUCGUCAUCACGGUGGAGUGCAGCCGGCUGGGCGCCGACGGCCAGGACCACAUCCGCAUGGGCAAGCUCAACCUGGUGGACCUGGCCGGCAGCGAGCGGCAGGCCAAGACGGGCGCGCAGGGCGAGCGGCUCAAGGAGGCCACCAAGAUCAACCUGUCGCUGUCGGCGCUGGGCAACGUGAUCUCGGCGCUGGUGGACGGACGCAGCAGCCACGUGCCCUACCGCGACUCCAAGCUGACGCGGCUGCUGCAGGACUCGCUGGGCGGCAACGCCCGCACCGUCAUGGUGGCCAACGUGGGCCCGGCCUCCUACAACACGGAGGAGACGCUCACCACGCUGCGCUACGCCAACCGCGCCAAGAACAUCAAGAACAAGCCGCGCGUCAACGAGGACCCCAAGGACGCCAUGCUGCGGCAGUUCCAGGAGGAGAUCGCCCGGCUGAAGGAGCAGCUGCAGCGGCGCGGCGGCCGGAGGAGGAGGAGGAGGAAGAGGGGCGAGGAGGGCGAGGGCGAGGAGGAGGAGGGGGAGUCGGGGGACGACGGGGACGAGGAGGACGACCGCGGGGACUACUGGAGGGAGCAGCAGGAGAAGCUGGAGACGGAGAGGAAGGCCAUCAUGGACGACCACAGCCUGGUGGCCGAGGACCGGGCCCGGCUGCUGGCCCAGAAGGAGAGGAAGAUGGAGGACCUGCGGAGGGAGAGGGAGGCCGGGGAGAUGCUCACCGCCAAGGUCAAGGCGAUGGAGAGCAAGCUGCUGGUCGGGGGGAAGAACAUCGUGGACCACACCAAUGAGCAGCAGAAGAUGCUGGAGCUGAAGAGACAAGAGAUCGCUGACCAGAAACGGCGGGAGCGGGAGAUGCGUCAGCAGAUGGAGAACCGUGAUGAGGAAACUCUGGAGCUGAAGGAAACGUACAGUUCUCUGCAGCAGGAGGUCGACGUGAAGACCAAGAAGCUCAAGAAGCUGUUCUCCAAGCUGCAGGCGGUGAAGUCUGAGAUCCAGGACACGCAGACGGAGAACAGUAACCAGCGGCAGGAACACGAGCAGAUCCAGAACGAGCUCACCAGAGACCUCAAACUCAAGCACCUGAUCAUCGAGAACUUCAUCCCGUCGGAGGAAAAGAACAAGAUGGUUCACCGGGCCGUGUUUGAAGAGGAGGACGAUUGUUGGAAACUGAAGCCCCUGACCCGCAUGGAGGACCAGCACCAGAUGAUGUCCAGACCCGUCUCAGCCGUCAGCUACCGGAGACCCCUCAGUCACCACGCUCAGCUGGCCAUGAUGGAGAAACCUGGGACCCGGUACAAGGCGGAGAACCUGCUGGACCUGCACCUGGACCCCCCCUCCAGGACCACCCAGGAGUACCAGGAGCCCGUUAUCGCCCCCACGGUGGCGGCGGCCCUGGAGGACGCUCUCCGGGACGAGGACGAGAUCCAGGUGGACGCCUCGGGGUUCUACAGCCCCGGGGGGGGCCCAGGGGGCCCGGGGCUGCCCUCCGGGGCCGGGAACAGGAGACCCAAGUCCGGGAGACCCCGGACCGCCAAGAAGUCCAGCACCCCCCCCGUCCGGGUUAGGACCGUCCAGCCCCGGAACCCCGCUGUACCCCCGGGCCCGGGGCCUGGUGCCCAAGUGACCCGGUCCCCCCGGGCCCCCAGGUCCCCCUGGGGCCCCCAGGUCCAGCCCGGGGCCCCCAGGUCCAGCCCGGGCCCCUGGUCCCCCCGGGACCCCCAGGACCAGCCCGGGCCCCCAGGGCCCCCCAGGUCCCCCAGGUCCCCCUGGGGCCCCCAGGGCCCCCCGGGGCCCCCAGGUCCCCCAGGUCCCCCCGGGGCCCCCUGGUCCCCCCGGGGCCCCCUGGUCCCCCCGGGGCCCCCAGGUCCCCCUGGGGCCCCCUGGUCCCCCCGGGGCCCCCAGGACCAGCCCGGGCCCCCUGGUCCCCCCGGGGCCCCCAGGUCCAGCCCGGGCCCCUGUGCCCCCCGGGGGGAAAGGUGUGGCCCCGUCCCCCUGAAGACUCUAACGCUGCUUUCUAGGUCCGAACUGUAACGUCCCGGCAUGAACUCUCCUGCAGGUUCUUCCUGAACGGAAUAAACCUGGAAAUGGAAUAAAGUUUACACUAAACUCAACACGUACGGGGGAGAAUCAGGAAUCAGGGCCGUCCUCCCUAACCCUAACCCUAACCCUAACCCUAACCUAACCCUAACCCCUAACCCUAACCCUCCCUAACCCUAACCCUAACCCUAACCCUCCCUAACCCCUAACCCUAACCCAACCCUAACCCCUAACCCUAACCCCUAACCCUAACCCCUAACCUAACCCUAACCCUAACCCUAUCCUAACCCUAACCCUAACCCUACCCUAACCCUAACCCUAUCCUAACCCUAACCCUAACCCUAUCCUAACCCUAACCCUACCCUAACCCUAACCCUAACCCUAUCCUAACCCUAACCCUAACCUAACCCUAACCCUAUCCUAACCCUAACCCUACCCUAACCCUACCCUAACCCUAUCCUAACCCUAACCCUAACCCUAUCCUAACCCUAACCCUACCCUAACCCUAACCCUAACCCUAUCCUAACCCUAACCCUAACCUAACCCUACCCUAACCCUAACCCUACCCUAACCCUAUCCUAACCCUAACCCUAUCCUAACCCUAACCCUAACCCUAACCCUACCCUAACCCUCCUAAAGGAGAUAAAUAUUUAAUCCCUCCUAAAGGAGAUAAAUAUUUAAUCCCUCCUAAAGGAGAUAAAUAUUUAAGAGAGGGAGAUUUUUCUUUUAUUGUGCAUUUAUCGAAAAAAGUCGAAAUGUCGAGAUUAAUGUUGAAAUACAAUUUUGAGAAAAAAGUCUAAAUGUAUUUCAACUUUAUUCACGAAAUUUCGACUUUAUUCUUGAAAUUGUAUUUCAACAUUAAUCUCGACAUUUCAACUUUUUUCUCGAAGUUCACAAUGAAAAAAAAUCUCCCUCUUAAAUAUUUUUUCUCCUCCAUGGUCCUAAUAAUCCUCCGUAUAAUGUAAUAAAACCCAAUAAUGUAAGAACUUCACCAGUAAUAUAAUAAAAUAUCCUGACAGAUAUUGUAAUAACAUUUUUACUGAUAAUGUAAAACCUUAUUGGGAAUUUAUUACAUGGAACUCAAAGUCUGCAAUUUAACCCAAUAGUCAUUCUGGUGUUUCAAAUCCAGCGUUUAUAAAAUUAUUAGAUUCUUAAAACACAAAAUGUAGAAGUCUGGACUGAAAAUGAACCAAUAUAUUACAUUAUUUGUCAAGUAUUACAUUAUCAGUUUUGGAAAAAAAAAGACCCACCUGAAAAUGUAAUAAAUUCCCAAUAAUGUAAUAAUGUUUUACAUUAUUGGUAAAAAUGUUAUUACAAAAUUGGGUUUUAUUACAUUUUUGUUUGAGUUAAGUGCAGAUUUUAUUACAUUUUCAGACGUUAUUCCAUUAUAGGAGCUAAACUCCCCACAAACCCGCUCACGUCCCGGUUCUGGUUCUGGUUCCGACGGCCUCGGGUCAGAACUUAACGUCACCUGUAGCUUGGCAUGCUGGGAAAAGCUCCGCCCCCUCGCUGCACUGCAUUCUGGGAGAUUGUAACUGCCACGUGAAGGAGAAGAAGCGGGAGAUGAGAAGAAUCCUCCGCUCCACCCUCUGCUGCCGGGCUUGUUUCCAUGGCGACGGUAGCCACGCCCCCAUUAGCCACGCCUCCAUUAGCCCCGCCCCGUUAGCCCCGCCUCCAUUAGCCCCGCCCCGUUAGCCCCGCCUCCUUCCUCACCUGCUCGGGGAUCCGUCGCCGUCGGUUACUGAAUAUUAGAAACACGUUGACGGUAAUCUUUAGUCACUUUUACAAAUGUUUAAGGAAAUAAUCAAAUAAGGAAAAAAAAAUAAUUUAUUGCAAUCUUUUUUUAUAUAAACAGAUUUAGAUAUAAUUUUUAUAUUCUUUGGUUCUUUGAAAUAGUCUUAUUUUUUCCAGCGCUGUAAUUUAAUGUUGAGACUUUAUUGUUUGCGUCUCCGAGCACGACGUGCACGAGUCACGGACCGUACGAGCACAUCACUGGAUCUGAACUUCCUGUUGGACCCACUUCCUGUUGGACCAACUUCCUGUUGGACCAACUUCCUGUUGGACCAACUUCCUGUUGGACCAACUUCCUGUUGGAACAACUUCCUGUUGGAACAACUUCCUGUUGGACCGACUUCCUGUUGGACCGACUUCCUGUUGGACCGACUUCCUGUUGGACCAACGGUUCUGUUGGACCGGAGCCGGUUCUGCCGGUUCUGGUCGUCUGUUUAGUUUCUUUAAUUAAAGUUGAUUCAGUUGA